AUGGAGGCGGACGGCGAGCGCGACUCCCUGGCCCGGCUGCGCUACGUUUUCGCCGCGUGCGACGCGAACCGAUCGGGCCGCCUGGAGCGCGAGGAGUUCGGCGCGCUGUGCGCGGAGCUGCGCGUGCGGCCCGAGGAGGCCGACACCGUGUUCCAGCGGCUGGACGCCGACCGCGACGGCGCCAUCACCUUCCAGGAGUUCGCGCGCGGCUUCCGCGGGGCCCGGCGCGGUGGCCGGCCCUGGGGCGGAGAGUCGCCGCGGGGUUCUUGGGCCGCCGGGACGGGACUCGAACACACGGAUGGCAGCGAGGACGGCGGCGAGGACGGCGCGGACGGGCCGCUGGCUCUGGCCGCUCCCGCGGGCUCCGCGAAUCCGGGCCAGGCGUGGCAGGACUUCCAGGCUCGGCUCGGGGACGAGGCCCAGUUCAUCCCCAGAAAAGAACAAGUUAGUACGUUGUAUCAAAAUAUCAACCUUGUAGAACCAAGACUAAUUCAGCCAUAUGAACAUAUUAUCAAGAACUUUAUUCGGGAGAUCAGACUUCAAAACACAGAAAUGGAAAACCUGGCUAUUGCAGUGAAAAGAGCCCAAGACAAAGCAGCCAUACAGCUGAGUGAGAUGGAAGAGGAAAUGGAUCAGAGGAUUCAGGCUGCAGAAAACAAGACACGGAAAGAUGAGAAAAGAAAAGCUGAGGAAGCCCUCACUGACUUAAGACGUCAAUAUGAAACAGAAGUGGGAGAUCUGCAAGUGACAAUAAAGAAACUUAAAAAGCUAGAAGAACAGUCAAAGCAUAUAAAUCAAAAAGAAGAUGUGUCUGCAUUAAAAAAACAAAUUUAUGAUCUGUCAAUGGAAAAUCAGAAAGUUAAGAAAGACCUUAUAGAAGCACAGACAAACAUAGCUUUUCUUCAGAGUGAAUUGGAUGCUUUGAAAAGUGAUUAUGCUGAUCAGAGUCUGAAUUCUGAAAGGGAUCUGCAAAUAAUCCAAGAGUACACAGAAGAUCGAAAUAAUCUUGAGAGGCAAAUUGAAAUACUCCAAACAGCAAACCGAAAACUUCAUGACACUAACGAUGGCCUAAGAAGUGCUCUAGAAAAUAGUUACAAUAAGUUCAACAGAUCUUUGCGCAUAACUAAUGUGUCACCAGGAAAUACAAUUUCUAGAAGCAGCCCCAAAUUUAAUGGUCAUUCUCCUCAACCUUUGGGCUAUGACAGAUCAUCUCACUCUUCUUAUGUGGAUGAAGACUGUGACUCAUUGGCCCUCUGUGAUCCUAUGCAGAGGACUAAUUGUGAAGUUGAUAGCCUGCCCGAGAGUUGCUUUGACAGUGGCAUGUCUACCUUAAGAGAUUACAAUGAGUAUGACUCAGAGGUGGAAGACAAGCACCAGAGAGGAUUUCAGAGGUCACGUGGCAUACAGGAGCACUUUGGGGCUGAUGCUUCUGACACAGAUGUUCCUGAUAUAAGGGAUGAAGAAACAUAUGGUUCAGAUGGAGCAGUUUCUGUCUUAAACUGGAAGCCCUCAGAUUCCAUUAACGAAAGCAGCACUGUUAGUUCCAGAAAGAUCAUCUCAGCACUUUCGCCACAGACAGAUAUGGAAGAUGACAAUCAUAAAUCUGCCUCAUCACAGAGGGCUUAUAAGAUUGUACUUGCUGGAGAUGCUGCAGUGGGCAAGUCAAGUUUCCUCAUGAGACUCUGUAAGAAUGAAUUUCGAGGAAAUACAUUCGCUACCUUGGGAGUUGACUUCCAAAUGAAAACUCUCUUUGUAGAUGGAGAGCAAACAGUACUGCAGCUCUGGGAUACGGCUGGUCAGGAGAGAUUCAGAAGUAUUGCCAAGUCUUACUUCAGAAGAGCUGAUGGUGUCUUGCUGCUAUAUGAUGUUACUUGUGAGAAAAGCUUUCUUAAUGUACGAGAAUGGGUAGAUAUGAUUGAGGAUGCAACUCAUGAGAGCAUCCCUCUCAUGCUGGUAGGAAACAAGGCUGAUCUUCGGGAUACUUCUGAAGCAGAAAGACAAAAAUGUGUCCCAGGACACUUUGGAGAAAAACUGGCCAUGACUUACAAUGCCUUAUUUUGUGAAACAAGUGCCAAAGAUGGUUCAAAUGUAUUGGAAGCUGUUCUCCAUCUUGCUCGGGAAGUGAAGAAAAGAACCGAUGAGGAUGACAGCAAAUCUGUUACCAAUCUGAUGGCUUCCAAAAAGUCAGCCCAGAUGAAAAACUGUUGCAAUGGUUAAAUUUAAAACAUCCU